AAAAAAAAAAAAAAAAAGACCGUCAAGUCAGGCUGGAAGUAAACUCCAAAAACACAUUUCUGCUCUGACUCUUCAUGGAUCUGGAAGCUCCGCGGAUAUAAUGAAUUUUGGCUCAAGUAAAAAGCUUUUAGAGGAGCAGAAGUAGCAGAUUUAUUUACCAGAGGAAACUUUUUAUACUUUAAAAGCAGAGAUGUGGCAUUUUAGAUGUUUUAUUGGGUGCGUUUUGGUUUAUAUAGCAGCGUCCCAGAGUGUGAAUGUGAGUGAACGGGAUGGACAGAGGUUUCUAGAGAGCAUUUUACGCUAUUAUGGUGAAAGCAAAUCCAUCUCAACGGAGAAUCUGGAGGAUCUGCUGGUGUUGAUCUCAGCCAGAAGACCCCCGUCAGUAACAGAAGAAAACCCGCUGGCAGACCAAGAGUGUCCCUCAGCAGAGCAGAUCUUGUCCCACUUCGGGCUCAGUAAUGUCAGUCAGCUGACUGUGGGACAUCUGGGGAGGAUCUGUCCCGCUGUGUUGACCCAGGUGCUGCUGCCCUCCUGCCCCUUCACCGCCCCCAAAUCUCUGCCGCCUCUCGACUACACUGUUUGGGGUUAUGGGUUCCUGGCGGUCACUGUGAUCAACUUGGCGUCUCUACUUGGUCUCCUGCUGAUCCCCUUCACCAAGAAACCUUAUUUCCCCAAAGUGCUGACCUACUUCAUCGGCCUGGCCAUCGGGACGCUCUUCUCCAACGCUGUGCUUCAGCUCAUACCAGAGGCACUAGGUUUUGAUCCCAAAUCAGACAACUAUGUGGCGAAUGCAGUUGGAAUAUUUGGCGGGUUUUAUCUCCUUUUCUUUAUGGAGAAGAUACUGAAAAUGGCUCUUCGGGUCGAGAAUGAGCAUGGCCACAGCCACUUCACUCCUGCAGAGCAGCCUCAAGAAAACUCCCUCCACAAUGGAGACAUACCGGAGAAAAAGGACUCCAUUGUUUUGACCAGCGUCAACACCAUCGCCACAGACAAGAGCUGCCCGAACCCAGACCCUUCACAUACAAAUGUGAUGUCUUCUCAGGACGUCCAGUCGUCCGGCGUGAUGUGUUACUGGCUGCGUGGGCAACACAUCAAAAGCAUCAAGACGGUGGCAUGGAUGAUAACUCUGAGCGACGCGCUGCACAACUUCAUCGACGGCCUGGCUAUCGGCGCCUCGUUCACAGUGUCGGUACUGACAGGGUUCAGUACGUCCACGGCCAUAGUAUGUGAGGAGUUUCCACAUGAGCUGGGUGACUUUGUGAUCCUGCUGAACGCUGGUAUGACCGUCCCACAAGCCAUAUUCUUCAACUUGCUGUCAGCAGUGUCGUGUUACGUCGGCCUUGUGCUCGGUAUCCUGCUCGGGAGCAACUUUGCCCCCAACGCAAUCUUUGCCAUCGCAGGAGGAAUGUUCCUGUAUAUUGCAUUGGCAGACAUGUUUCCAGAGAUGGACAACAUAGCAAAGGAAGAGACACGAAGGUCUGCCAAGAUAAUCUUCUUCCUGAUCCAGAAUGCAGGGCUGCUCACCGGAUUCGCCAUCAUACUGCUGAUCACCAUGUUUGCAGGGGAGAUCAACCUGGGCUAGAAGGAAGGAGACAGAGAAAGACAAACUGGAAAGAAAAGUAGUUAUGAGCUGCUUCCGUUUCUGCUCACCGCUUGGCUGAGUGGGAAAGUGUUAAGUGAAUGUUUUGUAUAAACAAAACUAAAUGUUUAAAGAAAAAAUUAUGCUUUUAUUUUUUUGACUAUCAAUAUACACUGAUCAGCCACAACAUUAAAACCACUGACAGAUGGAGUGAAUAACAUUGAUUAUCUUGUUACAAUGGCACCUGUAAAGGGAUGGGAAAUAUUAGACAGCAAGUGAAGUGAAGUUGAGGUGUUGGAAGCAGGAAAAAUGGGCAAGUGUAAGGAUCUGAGCAACUUUGAUAAGGGCCAAAUAAAGGUGAUUUUCAUAACAACGUCCCCAAAACGGCAGGUCUUGUGAGGUGUUCCUGGUAUGCAGUGCUCAGUACCUACCCAAAGUGGUCCAAGGAAGGACAACUGGUGAACUGGCGACAGGGUCAUAGGUGCCCAAGGAGCGAAGGCUAACCCGCCUGGUUCGAUACCACAGAAGAGCUCGUAGCACAAAUUGCUGAAAAGGUUCAUGCUGGCUAUGAUAGACAGGUGUCAGAACACACAGUGCAUCACAGCUUGCUGCAUAUCCACCGCAGACCGGCCAGAGUGCCCAUGCUGACCACUGUCCACCGCCGAAAGCGCCUACAAUGGGCAUGUGAGUGUCAGAACUGGACCAAGGAGCAAUGGAAGAAGGUGGUCUGCUCUUUACAUCAUUUGGACAGCCAGAUGCGUGUGCAUCAUUUACCCGGGGAAGAGAUGGCACCAGGAUGCACUAUGGGAUGAGGGUGAGCCAGCGCAGGCAGUGUGAUGUGCCGGGCAAUGUUCUGCUGGGAAACCUUGGGUCCUGGCAUCUAUGUGGAUGUUACUUUGUACCACCUACCUAAACAUUGUUGUAGACCAAGUACA